AUGUUUAAAUUUUAUUCAAUUUUCUUUUUAAUUUAUUUAGUUUCUCUUUUCAGUUUUUCCAAUUCACUAAUUUCAAAUUAUGUCCCAAUUACAGGCUCCAGUAUUAUGACACCGGCUGAUUUUUCACGUGCUUCGUUACUUCUUAAUGAUGAUCAAACAAGUAUUUUAAUUUUGGCAAGUUCAAUUCAAGUUGAAAACCCAUCGGAUGUGUUUAAUAUUACAUUUAGUAAAUAUUUUUUAAAUAAUAUAAUUGCAUUAUCAAAUAAUGAUUUAUUUGGAGCAUCAUCACAUUAUCAAAAUUUAAUUUCCUUAUAUAAUAAUGCAAAUAAUUUGGGAAUUGUUAGUUUAAAUAAUACAGUUGGUUAUUUAAAUACUCUUACAAAAUUUACAAAUAUGGAUACAAGUAGAUUUAAUACAAUUUCAUCAUCAAUUAAUAAUUUAAUUACAAAUAUUGAUUCAGUUAAACAAUCAGCUAUAACAUUAGCAACUUUAAUGAAUAAUACAAAAAAUUCCUUAUCACCAAAUUCACCAAAUGUUGCCACCUAUCAAGUUGUAAUCAGUAAUUAUGAAUUGGUCAUUAAAUCAGUAUUAUCAGUUUCUUCACAUUUAAAUAAUUUGAAAACUCCUCUCAAUGAAAUUGCAAAUUUAAUGCCAAAUUUUAUUAAUGAAGUUAACCUUUAUUCCCAAUUCAUUUUAACUGAUGCCCUUUAUAUGAGUCAUAUGAAUAUUUUAAUUAAACAAAUUUUAUUAUCAAGUGAUACACUCUAUAGUAGAUCAUUAUUAUUAUCAAGAUUAAAAGAUUUAUUUUAA